ACAUAAGCUCAAGGUUAAAGGCUGAAUCUGUUGAUAAAAUAAAAGAAGCAAAACAUUUAAAAGAAAUUGCCAUUAGAUGGAAGAAAGAAACAGAAGAAGUAAAAGCACUUUUUAUGCUCUUUCUAAGUUAG